UGUCCCAUCAUUGGUCUCAGUGGGAGGAAUAGUGCCCCAUCAUUGGUAUCAGUGGGAGGAAUAGUGCCCCAUCAUUGGUGUCAGUGUGGGAGGAAUAGUGCCCCAUCAUUGGUGUCAGUGGGAGGAAUAGUGCCCCAUCAUUGGUGUCAGUUGGGAGGAAUAGUGCCCCAUCAUUGGUGUCAGUGUGGGAGGAAUAGUGUCCCAUCAUUGGUGUCAGUGGGAGGAAUAGUGCCCCAUCAUUGGUGUCAGUGGGAGGAAUAGUGCCCCAUCAUUGGUGUCAGUGUGGGAGGAAUAGUGCCGCAUCAUUGGUGUCAGUGGGGGG